AUGGCGAAGAACGCUCCUCUUGGCCUCGCUGGCCUGGUCCUCCUCGCUGUUUCCCUCCUCUUCCUCUGGUUCAUCAUCCUCUCAGGCUUGACAUCUACCACGCCAUUCGACAAGACGUAUUUCCUCCGCGCCGACACUGGCGGUAUCUCGGGUGCCCGUGAAGUCACGCAAUGGAACUUCUUCUACAUUUGCGGUGCCGGCAACAACGAUUGCGAUGGCGCCCGCGCUGCCCCCGUCAUCGGUCGUGCCUGGGACUCAAACCCACGUAAUGCGCCCAGCUCGCUUGUCGGUGGCCGUGCUGGUGACACCACAUCGAACAGACAGUUCUUCUUGUGGAGGUUUGGCUGGGUCUUCAUUCUGAUUACUCUUUUCUUCGAGACCCUCGCCUUCUUCACUGGCUUCAUUGCCUGCUGUGGUCGUCUUGGUGCUGGAAUCUCUAGCAUCAUGUCCAUGUUCGCCCUGUUCUGCUCCUCAGUCGCAAUGUCCCUGAUGACUGCUACAUGGGUUCUCGCUCGCAAUGCCUUUCACCGAGACGGUCGAUCGGCCUCCAUUGGCCGCUAUGCCUUUGGUUUUGCGUGGGCAUCAUGGGCCACUUUGCUUAUUGCUACCAUUCUCUUCUGCUUAGGCAUGCGCGGUGACAAGUCGUCAAGUGGAGGUUACAGCGGCCGCUCAUGGCGCCGUAGACGAAGCGUCCGCAGCAGCCACGGCGGAGGCUAUGAGGGCCGCCGUGUUAAGGAUGACUAUUCCUAA